CGUCAUUGUUAUUAGAAUUAUUAUUUUUAUCCAAUUAAAAUUCAUUAUUGAAAUAUAAUCAGUUAUAAUAUUACUAAGAAAACUGUUUCUUUAAUCUUCCUUCGUUACUUUCAUUAUUGUCGGCAAAUUAGUGAUUACAAUUUCUCUCUAGCAAACAUCAACAGUCAAGGGUAACAUUUCAUUAUAAUGGUACUCAGAAGAAAAACAACAACACCAAAGCCUGGAACUUCACCGGCUUCAGCAACAACAUCACCAACACUUGUCGAUUUGAAUCAGUCAAAAACACAAUAUUCUAGUUUUAAAGUUUUCAUUGAAUACUGUGUGGAAAUUGAUGCCAAUCAAACAUUUACUUCACAACAGUUAGAUUCUCCUGUAUCGGUUAAACAUGGAAUAGUGAAAUUUGUCAAUAUAGACAGAAGUUUAUUGUUAAUGCUGACAGAGAAAGAAAUGUUUUUAGAUAAACCAUUAUGGUGGCCUGGUACAUCAGAAUUAUGCAUUACAUAUGAACAGUUAUGUGAUAUAAUUGAAUCAAGAUCAGAUGAGAGGAAAUUUGCUUUGGAUAUUAAGUCACCGAAUCCUGGAAAACAUUUUAUACAUGUAUUUUCAGCGGUCAACAGAAAAGAGAGAGAUGAAUUGAUAGUAACUAUGAAUAAAAAUGCUCAACAAUAUCAACAAAUUAUGGCUCAACAAAGAGCUAUUCAACAACAACAAGCUUCUUAUUAUUUAAGCCAAGCAAGUGCACAAAAGUCAUCUACAUCGUAUGUAGAUCAAACUUUAAAUCCAAAAGAUAUAAAUGUUGCUCCUGUUGGUGUAACACCGCAAAAAAAGCGAUCGUCUGGUAGAUUUUCUAGAAAACCUGCCAUCAAACCACCUAUGAAACCACUUUCAUUUGAAGAUUUUCCUCAUCCUACUAAGAGUAGUUCACCAGGAGUAUUCAAUUUUAAUGAUACGGACUUGGAAGCCUAUGGAUAUUCACCAACUAUUUAUCCAGCUGCUAAUCAAAAUGAUCCAUCAAAUAUGAAGUUUAGAAACAGGUCUUUAAGUCCAAUUCCACUUCAAUCUAGAACACCAGAAGUUUAUCAUUCUAAGCCAGUUUAUACACCUCGUUAUCCAGGACAUGAAGAGAAAGGAAAUCAAUUUGAUGGGCCUUUUUCGUAUACAAAACAAUUAUCCAAAUCACAACCACAACUAGCCCAACCAUAUGAUUAUACUUAUGAACGCCGUGAUGAAUACAUUCCAAGAUAUGAAAGUCGAAAUAACUACAGAUCUCCUGGUUAUGUUUCGCAUUCACCAAUCGUCCCUAAAUAUGUUAGCACAGCCUCAGCAGGAACACCUCAUACAACGAAUCGUAUUGUCCAUUACAAUGAUGAUGAUGAUGGUUAUAUUCACGACGGUUCAAACACCAAGAGUAUCAAAAUGGAUGGAGAUGAUUUGGUCUUAAAAAUCAAUUGUUAUAAUCCAGAAAAUCGUUCUAAAUCUCCAAGAACAACGCAUGUAGUUCGUAUCACUCAUGAAGACCAUAGGGAGAAUAAUACCAAAAAGUAUUGAAAUCAGUGUUGUGAUGAUAAUGAAUGUCAUAAAUGUGUUUCCUGUGUUUGUCUGUGUGAAUGUACCCAUGUUUUGUAUGAACAUACAAAAAGCAUUAGUUAGGUAACACCAAUAAAAAAUUAAACAACUUAUUCAAUUCUUUUUAUUUUUAUUCUACAGGUUACAAAUUUAUAAUUCAUUUGAGUGAGUAU